AUGGCAGCUUUGGGUAGGAAUGACGAUGGAUCUGUUCGUGAUUCUUCAGAACGGACCGUCUCCGAGGUUGCCUCUACCCCCGUUUAUCCGUCUCCGAGCUUGUCCAGUGCUCAUCACUUUGUGUCGAUCAAGCUCACCGCACACAAUUAUCUGUUCUGGCGUACCCAGAUGCUCCCGUUUCUCGAAGGUCAGGGGGUGUUGGGAUUUGUUGACGGCUCGGUGGAAUGCCCAGUGGCUGCCUCGCCGGAGUCGUCGACGGCGGACAGCGGCAGUACCGCCUCGGCAGUAGCGUCGCCGGUGGUGCAGUGGCGUCGGCAGGACAAGGCUGUCCUGUCUCUCUUGAUCUCGUCCCUGUCGGACGAGAUGCUACCGUUGGCGGUGGGCCAGCCGACGUCGUGUAAGUUGUGGUUGGCAAUUGAGCAAGAGCUCGGCUCGGCAAUGCGGUCUCGCGCGGUUCGUUUGCUCAGUGAGCUGCAGCGUUUGUCGCAGGGGGCUUCAUCGGUUUCUGAUUAUUUGAAUCGGGCGCGGAUUUUGGUGGAAGAUUUGGCCCUUGCUGGGCGUCCGGUUCCUCUUGAUGAGCAGAAUAUUUAUGUCUUCCGUGGACUGCGGUCGGAUCUUCGCCCGCUUGUUGCUCCGUUGACUCGUGGUGACCCGGUAACUCUUUCGGAUCUUUCCGAUUAUUUAAUUUCUCAAGAAUAUAUCUGCGCAGGUGAUGGUCCGGUUGGUGCGCCGGCUGCCUUGACCGUUCACCGUGGUGGCCGAGGCGGUCGUGGCAGAGGCCGGUUCUCCCGAGGUGGCUCGGGCAGUGGGGGUUCCGGCGGCAGUGGUUCGGGCAGCGGCGGCCGUGGUCGCGGCGGCCGGGGCCGUGGCCGUGGUCGCUCGGAUGUGCGUUGUCAAAUUUGUGACAAGAUUGGGCACUCGACGGUGAAUUGUUGGCGCCGUUAUUCUGAGUCGUCUGGUCCUCAGGCUAAUGUGGCUCCUUCUGGUGGUGAGGGUGGUUCGGUUGACUCUCACCAGUGGUUUCCUGAUACGGGGGCUACUAAUCAUGCCACCCCCGAUUCCUCUUAG